GUAUCGAUACACUGUAUCGAAACAUAGAAACAGUGGCCAAGUUUAGUGUGUAGUGUGUACACACGAGCGCAAGUGUGUGUGGAAAGUGAAUAUACCACAGUGCCAAUGGUUAAUAUUGAUUUAGCACAGAAUGGCGCUGAAAUUGAAACAGCAUGUUAUUUCCCGCGUUGUUGCAUGUUUGAAGAACCAGUGCAGUCAGCUGCCUUCUGUUUUACCGCAAUUUGUUGAAAUACAUGGUGGAGAUGAUAGUAGUAACAUCGAAUUUCACUUGAAUUUACGCUCGUUAGAGAAGUUUAAUGGUUUCCGUGCCGACUACUUGCCAAAUUUGGAAAACAUCUCUUCAGAUAGCCUGAUACACGGUGUUUGGAGUGUCACUGAUAACCGUGGUCCAAAAUGUAUUUUUAGAAUUUGUAGUGAUGUGUUCCUUAAAGAAGUUCUUGAAGAUGUAAUAAACAAACCGAAUCUCAUACAAAAGAGGAACAGUAUUGUGAAUAAUCAUAUUGGAAGAAGACUUGUUGUUGAAUUCAGUUCCCCAAACAUUGCAAAGCCAUUUCAUGUGGGUCAUUUGCGUUCAACAGUAAUAGGAAAUUUUAUUUCAAAAUUACAUGAGUACCUAACAUUUGAUGUACUGAAGCUGAACUACCUUGGUGACUGGGGUACUCAGAUGGGCUUGUUAGCAGUUGGACUGGACAUGCUAAAAUAUUCAGAUGAUGUAGUUAAACAAAAUCCAAUUGGUUCCCUGUAUGAGGCAUAUGUGACUGCAAAUAAAGAGGCAGAACACAAUCCAGAAAUCCAUGUUCGGGCUCGAAAAAUUUUUGAACAGAUGGAAAAUGCAGAUUCUGAGGAACUGGGAAAAUGGCAACUAUUUCGCAAGUAUUCAGUAAAUGAGCUGGAAAAAACGUACAGAAGAUUGGGAAUAAAAUAUGACGAUUUCCACUGGGAGUCAAUGUAUAGAGCUAAGCACAUUGGUUGGGUACUGGAAAUGAUGAAAGAAAAUGGGUUUGUGCAGACACAAGAAGAUGGGAAAUGUGUUAUUGAUUUAAACGGAAGAAAAGUUACUAUUGUAAAAAGUGAUGGGUCAAUGCUGUAUUUAACCAGAGACAUCGCAGCAGCAAUAGAACGACACAGGAGGUUUAAAUUUGAUGAGAUGAUAUAUGUUGUAGAGAAUGGCCAAAGUGAUCAUCUUUCAACUUUGUUCACAACACUUAAGAAACUUGGGCUGCCAUGGGCACAUACUCUCAAACAUGUAAAAUUUGGUAGAAUCCAUGGAAUGAGUACCAGACGUGGACAGACUGUCUUCUUAAAAGAUGUUCUGGAUGAAGCAAAAUUAAUCAUGAAGAAUAAACAAAAUAAAUCUGCUACAACCAGACAAGACAUGGCAGAAGAUACAGCUGAUGUCCUAGGAAUGUCAGCAGUAAUCAUCAAUGACUUGAAACAGAGAAGGCUAAAAGAUUAUGAGUUUAAUUGGAACAAAGCUUUGCAGGUUGAAGGCGACACUGGUAUAAGGCUGCAGUAUACUCAUUGUCGGCUCUGGAACCUUGAGAAAAACAGUGGUGCCUCCCUAGCACAUAAUUGCGAUCCUUCUGUUCUUAAUGAGCUGGAGGCUAUUGUAUUGGUCAGAGAAAUAGCAAGAUUUGAAGAAGUGUUAUUGAAGACCUACAGUGAACUUGAAGCUUGCCAUCUUGUACAGUAUCUUUUUCACAUUUGUAAUGCUGUGAAUAAGGCCUUUAAUGUGCUGCAAGUGAAGGACCAAGGUUUGCAUAUUGCGUCGCAAAGACUCAUGAUGUUCCAUGCAGCACGAAUUGUCUUAAAUCAAGGAAUGAGGAUUUUGGGGUUAAAGCCCUUGGAAGAAAUGUAGCACACACAGUAAUUUAAUAAAAUACAACUGCCAUAUGUUGUCAUGCCAUACAUCAAUAUAUUGUACUGUGUAGCUCAUGUUUUUCAUAAAUAAAUGUAAGUAUUUUUCUUUAAAAAA